AUGGUGUUAAUAACAGAGGAGAAAGGAAAGGAUUCAAAGAUUCAAGAGAAUGGAGUGGCUGGAGGAGUUGGACUUCUCCACUCAGAGCACAGAGCCAACAAAGUGGCUACUGUUACACAUGCUCCAAUCAUCACCAUGGUUGACGAAGAUGAAGAUGAGCAUGAGCCUUCAGAAGAGGACCCCGAUGAAGAGGUUGAGCUUGAUUACACUCGAAACUAUUGGGAGGAUGAGGACGAUAUCUAUCAGGAAUUUGAGGAGUUGGACUUUGAGGCCCUGCCAGACACACAGAGCAUCUCCUCAGAUGAAUCCUUCUACCCCCCGGACAAUUCAUUUGUCCCUCUCUUGUUCCGCUCUCCAAGCCCUGACAGCCCUGAACCAAUUUCUUUUUUCAAGGCUUGCUGCAACAACAAUGCUAUUAUAGUCAAGAUUAUGAUUAGACAAGGAGUGACUGAAGAGGAAGUGAAGGAGACAGACAGGAACAGAAGAUCUGGCCUCAUUGUGGCAUGUUACCAUGGCUACGUGGAUGUAGUCAUCGCCCUCUCUCAGUGCCCAUAUCUGGAUGUUAACUGGCAGGACAAUGAGGGAAAUACCGCCCUUAUAACUGCAGCCCAAGCAGGUCAUGUAAUGAUUUCUAGCUAUCUGCUAAACUACUUCCCUGGUUUGGACAUUGAGAGGAGGAACUGUCACGGUUUCACAGCUUUGAUGAAGGCUGCCAUGCAGGGAAGACCUGAGUGUGUCAGGGCGCUCAUGCUAGCAGGAGGUGAUAUUCAGUCCCGGGACUACGGUCGCAGUAUGACCCCCAGACAAUGGGCUCUCUUCACUGGCCGAUACGAGACAGCUAACCUAAUGGAUCGACUGAUGUCAAGGCCCUGUGCUGAGCAGUUCUGUGACUCCUUCUCUCUCGAGUGGCCUAUGUUAGAGGAGCUGGUGUCCCAGGCCCAAGAGCCAAAGUCCUGCUGGAGGCGUCUUAUCAACCACCUUUUUUGCUGCUCUUAUAGGUUUUACAUGAACAGUAAGGUAAAUCCUGUGGAUGAUGGCGUUCUUGAGCAUAUGGUCCUGAUCACCACUGGUAUCUCAAGUCCAUUCAUUGCUACAGCAUGCCACACGGUGUGCCCAGGCAGCCCGCCGUGCAUUGGGAAGCGACGUCAUGCAGUGCAGGAAAUUCUAAGGAGACAGAGGUUGGCCGAGCUAAAGCGCCUAGGUCCAGAUAGACUGAACAACUACAAGAAAUUUUUCCAGAACUCACGGGUCCUCCUAAUUCCCAAGGUGAAGGACCGAAGGGCAAGCCUGCAGCCUCAGCUGCUUAGUGACAUGGCUGCAGCGUCCACAGUGGCCAUAAGACGAGCAAGCCUUCUGCCGCUAAACAUGCUGAGGAGGAGCAGCGUGAGGCCAGGCAUUGUGGUGCCAAAAGUGAGGCUCUGCAAGGCCCCACCCCCAAGCUUUGUACCAGAAAAACUCAGAGGCAACAGUAACAGUAACCAGCUCCAGAUCCCUAAAUGGGAUUACAAGAUGAAGAAAGUAGAGAAGAAACAGGAGGAAGAGAAGCAAAGAAUGCUUUCUCUGACAAGGAGGAGGUGAAUCAGAAGAAGAAGAAAUCAAAGCAGAAUACGAUUUUUUGCAACUUCCUCAUAAAACUUGAAAGAGCCUGGUUGAAAAUCCCUUAUACAGCUCUCAGAGAGCUCAGAACUGCACUUCUAUAGAAAGCCUGAACAAUUAAAGCGAAUAAUAAUUAAUUUCUUUUUGUAUUCUAAUUGCUGAGAGAUUGUUGACAUUGGUG